AUGGAUGAAGAUGAAUUUGAAUUGACCCCACAAGAAGAAAACUCAUUGUUUGAUGGAAUAGGAGCUGAUGCAGUACACAUGGAUAGUGAUCAGAUUAUUGUGGAAGUACAAGAAACUGUUUUUUUAUCUAAUUCAGAUGUUACUGUGCAUAAUUUUGGUCCUGAUGAUCCAGACUCAAUUAUAAUUCAAGAUGUUAUUGAAGAUGUUAACUGCCCACAAAUAUUAGAGGAAACAGAUGUAUCAGACGAUGUCAUCAUUCCUGAGCAGCUGCUAGAUUUAGAUAUAGCUGAAGAAGUGUCUUUGGCACAGUUCCCAAUUCCAGACAUUUUAACUUCAAGUUUUACAUCAACCUCAUUGAAUAUGCCUGACCAUGUAUUGAUGAGUGAAGCUAUUCAUGUGUCUGAUGUGGAAGACAUUGAGCAUGUGAUUGAUGACAGCAUAGUAGAAGCAGAAGUCAUCACUGAUCCUCUGACAGCUGACAUUUCAGAAAUUCUGGUACCAGAUUGUGCUUCUGAAGCAGUUUUAGAUUCCAGUGGGAUACUUCUGGAGCAGCAAGAUGAUGGCAAAAACAACUCUGAGGACUUUCUUACAGUUUCUUUGGAUGAUGCUGGCAAAACAGAUCAUGAAGGUUCCACUGAAGUUACCAUGCAUGCUGAGUCAGAAAUUGAUCCUUAUAGAUCUGAGGGCACAUCUCCUGAAGUUAUCAAGGUGUACAUUUUUAAAGCUGACCCUGGAGAGGAUGAUGUAGGAGGAGCUAUAGAUGGUGUAGAGAAUGAAACUGACAAUGAUGAUGAAACUGAGCUCUUUGGUCAGAACAGUAAUAAUCAUGUUCCCAGAGACAAAAUUGUUUAUAUGACUGUCAGUGACUCGCAGCAGGAACAUGAAGAUUAUAAUGUGGCUGAAAUAACCAAUGAGGUUUCUAUGGAAGUAAUUGUAGGAGAUGAAGAUGCUGAUGGCACAGCUGCAGCUGCAACUGAGCAUGAACAACAGAUGGAUGAGAGUGAAAUAAAAGCAGCUUUUAUGCCUAUUGCAUGGGCAUCAGCUUAUGGUAAUAAUUCUGAUGAAAUUGAAAACCAGAAUGUCACUGCAAGUGCUGACUUGAACCUAGAUGAAUAUAGUGACCUUGGCAGACCACCUACACAACAACCAAAGAAAAAAAGAAGAAGUGAAUCCAGACAGUACCAAAAAGGAAUAAUUGUUGGCCCUGAUGGACAAACCUUUAUAGUCUAUCCUUGCGUGUACUGUGGAAAGAAAUUUAAGUCCAAAAGUUUUUUGAAAAGACACAUGAAAAACCAUCCUGAACACCUUGCCAACAAAAAAUACCACUGUACUUACUGUGAUUACAGUACCAACAAGAAGAUAAGUUUACACAAUCACCUGGAGAGCCACAAACUCACCAUUAAAACAGAAAAGACCACAGAAUGUGAUGACUGUGGGGAGCAUUUCUCUCAUGCGGGAGCUUUGUGUACUCAAAAAACAAUGCGUAAAGAAAAAGGAGCUAACAAAACAUACAAGUGUAAGUUCUGUGAGUAUGAAACAACUGAACAGACAUUACUGAAUCACCACUUAUUGGCAGUCCACAGCAAGAAAUUUCCUCACAUUUGUGUAGAAUGUGGUAAACGUUUUCGUCAUCCAUCAGAGCUCAAAAAGCAUAUACGCGUCCAUACUGGAGAGAAGCCCUAUGAAUGCCAGUAUUGUGAGUACAAGUCUGCAGACUCUUCUAACUUGAAAACACAUAUAAGAACAAAGCAUAAUAAAGAGAUACCACUGAAGUGUGGCAUCUGUCUCCAGACUUUCUCAGACACCAAAGAGGCCCAGCAGCAUGCUCUUACCCACCAAGAAAACAGGACACACCAGUGUAUGCAUUGUAACCAUAAGAGUUCAAACUCAAGUGAUUUGAAGAGACAUAUAAUUUCAGUUCACACAAAGGACUACCCUUAUAAGUGUGACAUGUGCAACAAAGGGUUUCAUAGGCCUUCAGAACUCAAGAAGCAUGUGGCUACCCACAAAAGUAAAAACCUGCACAAGUGUAGACAUUGUGACUUUAACAGUCCAGAUCCUUUUCUGCUAAGUCGCCAUAUUCUCUCACUUCACACAAAGACUGCUCCAUUUAAGUGUAACAGAUGUAAAAAAGGAUUUCAACAACAAUGUGAGCUUCAAAAGCAUAUGAAGACACAUAGUGGUAGGAAAGUGUAUCAAUGUGAGCACUGUGAAUAUAGCACUACAGAUGCCUCAGGCUUUAAGCGGCACGUUAUCUCCAUUCAUACAAAAAACUAUCCUCACUGCUGUGAGUACUGCAGGAAAGGAUUCCGGAGACCCUCGGAAAAGAAUCAGCACAUACUGCGACAUCAUAAAGAAGUAGAUCUGCCCUAA